AUGGCCACACAUUUCUGAGAGAGAGACGUUAUGGGAUGCGCUCCAAGUACGCAGCACCAGAUGGUGCUGCCUUAUGAGGUUACUCAGGAGGCCAGCACGUCAUCCACAGAGCAACGAGGUGUCAGCAUCAUCAUGUUACAGCGAAUUCUUGAGCACCCUCGUUUCAAGCCCACCAUGACCACUGCCGACGUGUGCCGGGCCAUCAUCAUGCCUGAGAGCAAAAAGGCUGGCUGCGCCUACGCUGCUCUUCCUGAGUUUGCUCAGGAUGAGCUCUUGGUGGGGCGUGCCACACACUUUGUGAGUCACGCAUGGGCCUACUCGUACAAUGACCUCGUCGAUGCGCUUGCUGGCUUUGCGGGUGGACAUUCAAAGCAACGUCCCUACUUCUGGGUGGAUCUCAUGCUGGUGGACCAAAAUAAUGACCUCUCUCGACCCCAUCAAUGGUGGAGCACGACUUUCAAGAACAGUAUCCAAGAAUUGGGACACACCGUGGCCGUCAUGAUGCCUUAUGAUGCGCCCAAAAAUAUCAGCCGCGCCUGGGUCCUGUGGGAGCUCUUCUGCACACUGACGACGGGUACCGAGCUCUCCAUUGCCUUUCAUCCGGAUAGCUAUCGCCGCUUUCGCGCAGCUCUGCAUCACAAUCUGGGGCAGUUUAUGCAGAUGGUGGAAGCUGUGGACGCAGAAAAGUCCGAGGCCUUUGAUCCGUCUGAUCGCGAACAGAUUCACCGGGCCAUUCGCGAGGAGAUUGGCUUUACAAAGUUAAAUGCACAAAUUCGAUCCGGCCUGUUGGGCGUCUUUCUGGCUGGCGUUGCACGGGGCAUUGAGAAGGGUACACACACGCUCGACCAUGCGCGCCCUUUGUUGGAGGCAGGAGCCAACCCCAACAUGCUAGCCACCAUUCUGACCCCGCUGGCGGUGGCUGCGGGGGCUGGACUUGAGCCCUUGGCUGAACUUCUCUUCUCGUACAAUGUUGAGGUUAACAGGCAAAUGCCUGCCCGGAAUACCGCGCUACACGUGGCUGCCCUUGAGGGUCAAGCUCGGAUGGUGCAGCUGUUGCUGGCCCAUGGCGCCGACGCCACCAAGCGCAACGGCGAUGGCUUAACGGCGCAACAGGCUGCCCAGGCACGUAUCAAUGCCAUUGAAGCUUUGGCGGUGGAAGGCCUUCAUGCCGAAGCACCGCAGCAGCUCUGGAGGCACGCGCAGGGCUGCAUUCAGGCCCUGAACAUGAACGCUUUCAAAUCGCUUCUGUCCAUGCCCAACCCACCCGAAGCCAUCUUGAUCCAUGACGAGGCCCUGUGUUUGAUUUUCGCCGUGGCGGUCCCCCAAGCUCAAGAGGGCCCAUUGGCUUACCACAAGGCGGCAUCGGCCAACUUCUAUCGUGAUCCCGGCUUCAAGGACCGGAUGCUCGACUUUGCAUGGCAAGCACCUUUGCCCCCAACCACGGUAUCACGCUUGGAGGCGCUGGUGGCAAAGGAAGCGGGUAAACGAGCAGUUCAGGUGUUUGAGGCGGGCGGGGCCUUUCGAGCGUUUGUUUUGGCCGUCCUUGCUGCACAGCAGGCGCAGCACUCGCAGCUCUGGUCCUUGGCUCGUAGCGAGGUAGCCACGCUGAACAAGCGUGCACAAGACUUUGUAGCACGGAUGCAAGCCGAAUCAACCGCACAAGAGUCUUUAAUGGCCGCGUUUAGACGGUUGGGUUCGGAUCAUGGGAUUGUGAUAGCCGCAGGCCUGCUGAUGGUCGCAGCAGGCGCGCCAGCACUAGAUUCGACAGCAAUUGCAGCCCGCGUGGCGACCACCCCGACAAGCACAUGGUCAAACAUGUUUAUCCAUGGGGGUGAGUCGCGGGCGCUUGCCGCACUGCAAACCGUGACACGGGCCGAGUUGGCAUCCGAGGCCGAAGCCCAGGGCCUCUAUGAUUGCUGCGUAGCUCACCUGUUGGCCACCUUGGGAGAAGAGGCCGUCCAAGCCUUGAGUCUGGUGACGGUGCGGCCCGUAAAUUUGAACGAGGAGCUACAAGCCCAGAUGGAGCAGCUGCAGGCUGUCACGCGUUUGCUCACCGCCGCCACAGCGGUUGGUGCCCAUAGCUGCCCAUAA